CUCUACUCUUUUCUUAUCAUCUCAAUUCCCAGACUUCCUCAAUUGCCUUGCCAUUCUUCAUCAAUGGGUAAUCCCAAGAUGGUAGCUGCCCAUACAAUCAGGAAAAGCCUAUUUGUCCUCACUUUGGCCGGAGUUUUAGCCGGACUGUUGUUGGCAAAUUCUGCCAUGGCCCAGAAUUGUGGCUGUGCAUCAGACCUCUGCUGUAGCAAGUAUGGGUAUUGUGGCACCAGCGAGGCUUAUUGUGGCUCUGGAUGCCAAGAAGGUCCUUGCAAUGCUCCACCUCCUACUAACGAUGUAGUGGUGGCUGAUAUUGUGACACAAGGCUUCUUUGAUGGGAUAAUUGGUCAAGCCGACUCAUCUUGCGUUGGCAAGAGCUUCUAUACUCGUGAUGCAUUCCUUGAAGCCCUUAAUUCGUAUUCGAGUUUCGGCAGAGUGGGAACAACUGAUGAUUCUAAGCGUGAGAUCGCUGCUUUCUUCGCCCAUGUAACCCACGAAACUGGACAUUUCUGUUAUAUAGAAGAGAUAGAUGGUGCUUCGAAGGAUUAUUGUGAUGAGACGAGUACGCAGUACCCAUGUGCCGCUGGCAAGGGUUACUAUGGCCGGGGACCGCUGCAGCUAUCGUGGAACUAUAACUAUGGGCCUGCAGGAAAGAGCAUAGGAUUUGAUGGGCUAAAUACUCCUGAAACUGUGGCCAACGAUGUUGUUAUUUCAUUCAAGACAGCAUUGUGGUAUUGGAUGAACAAUUGUCACUCAAUCAUAACCUCUGGUCAAGGGUUUGGACCAACAAUUCGAGCCAUUAACGGAGCACUUGAAUGUGAUGGUCAUAACCCUGCAACUGUGCAAGCUCGUGCUCAGUAUUACACAGAUUAUUGUGACCAAUUUGGUGUGUCACCUGGUGACAACCUCACCUGCUAAUAAUAUAUUACACAUUUCUUUUUUUUUAGUUGAAUUUUGUGUUUUCUUAAUAAAUUUUUGUUAGAACUCUCUAUGGGUUUGAGUUUGAAACCCUAUUGAGGAAACCACACAGGAAAAACAAGAACACAAAUCUAAUAAAAUUAUGGAGGAUCGAUUUGUACC